GACCUGUUAAGACGGGGAGCGUGUGGCGUGUGUGCAUGUGUUAACUGUAUGUGUGUGCGCGUGUAGGGUGCACGCACGCAGUCCCUGCCACUUCUCGUAAGCGCGCGCGCGCACACACACACACACACACACUCACUGUCAUACACACAAACGCAGAGCACGCAGCUUGUCGGCUGGAGACUGUGCUUUGCAGAAGGCUGUAUAUAAAAAGGCAGCGGCGGGACGAGUCGCAGUUAGACUUCUCCAGAGAGUGGAAGCCAUUCGGCGCAUGGGAGAAGCGAGACCCUCUUCGAGAAGCGAGGGCGCGCUCGAGCCAGCUGUGCAAGUUGGAUAUGGCGGUGGUGAAGACGGUCGACCUGGUCGUCGGGAUUGUUUUAGUUUUGCAGUGUCUGGGAAACGCGUUUCAAGCUCAAGCCCAGUUCACAAGCGACGGGGUCUCCUACUCAUAUGUGCAGGUGCAGACGCCGGCGGAGGAGGAUGUGGCGGUGGACGUGAAGCUGUACAGUCACCGGUGGCGGAGAUGGCUUUCCCCACUGCCGCCGCGAAACAUGGACAGUAACAGGGCCAGCCAAGACCAAGAUCAGUGGCCUGACCAGGACCAACCCGAGGGCUUCCCGAGCCUCCUGUCGACCGAGGACGCAGACAACAGCUCCCAGAUAGAGGAGGACACAGACCAUAACUACUACACAUCAAAGACAUACGGGCCCACAGACCCUAUGAGCAAGGACUUGUGGGUAAAUAUUGACCAGAUGGACAAGGAGAAGGUGAAGAUCCAUGGAAUCCUAUCCAACACACACAGACAAGCCGCGAGAGUUAAUCUAUCCUUCGACUUCCCCUUCUACGGACACUUCCUGCGUGAAAUCACCGUGGCGACUGGCGGGUUCAUCUAUACGGGGGAUGUGGUCCACCGGAUGCUGACGGCGACCCAAUACAUCGCUCCCCUGAUGGCCAACUUUGACCCAAGCGUCUCCAGGAACUCCACCGUCAUCUACUUUGACAAUGGAACCGCUCUUGUGGUCCAAUGGGACCAUGUCCACCUGCAGGACAACUACAACCUGGGCAGCUUCACCUUCCAGGCCACACUCCACAAUGACGGCAGGAUCAUCUUUGCAUACAAAGAGAUCCCUGUUGAGGUGUCACAGAUUAGCUCCGUCAAUCACCCGGUGAAGGUGGGCCUGUCUGACGCAUUUGUGGUGGUCCACAGGAUCCAGCAGAUACCCAAUGUGAGGCGGAGAACAAUAUACGAGUACCACCGUGUGGAGCUCACCAAGACUAGAAUCACCAAUUCUACGGCAGUGGAGAUCAUGCCUUUACCCACUUGUCUCCAGUUCACCAGCUGCAGUGCCUGCAUCUCCUCGCAGAUCAACUUCAACUGUAGCUGGUGCCCAAAGCUCAACAGAUGUUCUAGUGGUUUUGACCGCCAUCGGCAGGACUGGGUGGAUAACAGCUGCCUAGAUGAGACCAAGGACAAAACCUGUGACAUCAUCGUCCACACAACACAACUCUACCCCUUCACCACGCCCAUGGUAGCCAGGACGACAUCCAGGAGCAGAGGGACCACCGCUGGCAGGAACCCUUCCUCCACUUCCCACCCCCCGACCAGCGUCCCCACUGAAGAUGACACCAAGAUCGCUCUACAUCUCAAAGACAAUGGAGCGGUCCCGGCGGAUAGUGCUGCUGAGAGGACGACAGGCAACCACCCACUGCACACCGGUCUGAUUCUGGGCAUCCUCAUGGUGAUGCUCAUCAUGGCCGCCGCUGUGCUGGUCACUGUCUACAUCUACCACCAUCCCACCUCGGCCGCCAGCCUCUUCUUCAUUGAGAGACGCCCCAGCAGGUGGCCAGCCAUGAAGUUCCGUCGGGGGUCAGGUCAUCCCGCCUAUGCGGAGGUCGAGCCGGUGGGUCAGGAGAAGGAGGGCUUCAUCGAGUCAGAGCAGUGCUGAGGGGAGGAGGGAGGCAUCCGCAUCUCCACACCCCACACAGCCCCCUCUCUUCUUUUUCCACCCCCUACCGCCCACCCCCCACCCGACACCCCCCUCCCCUCGUGCCUCCUCCACAGGGACCUCUCACCAGAAGCUAACCUCCAGAAACUGCCUGCAGCUGCCUCAGCGGCGGGAAAGUGACCAGUGAGGCGCAAGGAUGGCACAAUUCGCCCUGGAUGGUCCUCCAGUGAGCGCUAGAUUAGACCGAAGCAGGGCAACCCGGGUCUGAUCUGAAGAACCAACCAUGUUAGGUCACCGUCAGAGCAACUUGCGCUGCAGCAAACCCCCGUAAAUCUGACCCCAGACCAGCUCAUUGUCCGGGUCCUCAUAGAGCUCCUGUGGGCAAGUGACUGACUUACUGUGGGCAGAAGGAGGGUAUGGCAUCGAGGUCACUAUCUCAGUGGACGUGACUUAAGGAGUGCGUCCAGCGACUGCCGGGUCGCCAUUGAGUUGGUUGUACAGCCUGACCGCCUGGAUUUUAGACUGGUGUACUCGAGAGGGGAGUAGGAUGAAUUAUACGAUAUAUAUUUUCAGAAACAAUACAGAGUAUGUGAACAGAGAUUUCCCCUUUAUUGUUGUUGGGGUUAUAUAGGCCUUUGUAUAUCCAUCAGGUUUCUGCUUCCUUUUUUUUUUUUUUUUUUAUUUCAGGUGGACGUUUUCACAGGGGGUCGGCAUAUUUAUAUGUAUGGGUGGUUGGUAUUGCUUUCCGAUACCGUAACAGGCUUUAUAAAUGUUUCCACGGCGUGUCCUCCGCUGUGUGACACAACGUGACAUGACAUCCCACCACCACUACUGUCCGCACCAGCUUGGAGCGCCGUUGUGAGCAUGCAGCGUUGGUGUUAAUGCUUUUAAUUUUUUUUUUUUUUUUUAACGGUCGGCUGGUUUUAUUUUCUCUCAAAGUGAAGCGUUGUAUUUUUAUUUUCUUUUGUAAUAUCUCAGAUUUCUUUGAAUGGGUGAUGGGUACACUCUUCUCUUCUUCUAAUUCAUUUUGUUGUUGGAUUUGCUUAGAUUACCGAUGCCGUUGUGAGGGUUUAUUUUAUAUAUAUAUAUAUAUAUUUUUUGUUUUAACUUUGCAAUGAUUUCAUUACUGCCGUGCCAUUUUUUUUUUCCUUAACUAGAGUUUGCACAAAGUUUUCUCCAUGCACACGUACGUUAUAUUGUUUUUGUUUUUUCUUAUUUGACAUGUGGUACUAAUGCAAAAUUACAAGACAGGCGCUUGUGAGUAUGUAUGGUGUAUGUUUGCUGUAACAAGUUUGUGAUUUCUAGUGUGUGUGUGUGUGUGUGCGUGUGCAUGCAUGCAUAUGUGUGCAUGCACAUGUGUGUCUGUGCAUGCAUGCAUACAUGCAUGCAUGUGUGAAUGUGAUUAGCUACCAGUAGUGAUUGGAGAUCUACCUGCCUGAAGGGGGAGUAUGUGUGAGCUGGCUCUGCGUAGUUGAUUCUCAUUGGUUAAUCUGAGGUACUUACAUACAGCUUGUGUGGGCCAGAAAAUACACUGACCUGGUUUGGCAUUUUCCUUGAUUUUAAUGCUUUCCUUCUCCGAUACGACCUGCUGCCGGUCACGAUGACCGGCCGUGACCAUGCGGACACAACUACGACGACCGGCUAGUCCAUGUUGACACAUGGGUAACAUUGUAUGUACCCGGGCUUCGACCCUCGCCAAAACAUUUACAGAUUCAGGUAAUUAAUAGCAAAGAUUCAACAGUAUACAAUAUCAGAAACCGUCUUAUUUUCGAUGAGUGGCCUUUUUACCCUACUUUUUUUACCCAAAUGUGAAUACUGUUCCAGUCAUCGCUGUCACAGAACAAUACACAUGAACUGAUUCAGUCAAAGUGGUUUAUGGUGUUUAAUGUUUUCAACACAACAAAUAUUUUACACCAAUGACUAGAGACUCAGUUGGGAGGCGUUCUCGGUAUUUUAGACUUCUACUGAAAAAAAAACAAAAGUCAAAAAGUGCAAUGCUACAUCAAUCCAGUCUUGCGCAUAACAAACAACAAUCAUACUCAUUUGUAGGUUUUUCAUGAACCCCUUCUUGCAUUGAGACCAAAGACUAAUUAGCAUCCGAUUGAGCUAUGUUUCAUAAUGUGUACCUCAGCCUCCACAGAAUGUCAACACUCCUAUCUGUCCCAACUCAUGACCGCUCACUAGCCACACCGCUAGCCACAACGUACCAGUCACCCACCGUGUCUUCGACCUCAGUGAUUUUUAACCAUGGCUAUUGCGACAUCAGCUGUGUCUCAUUGACCCAAAAGAGUCGUGUUUGUGUGUGUGUGUGUGUGUGUGUAUGUGUGUGUGCGUGCGUGCGUGUGUGUGUGCAGUUUUGCACAGUGAACGAUUCCUGGGCUCUUGUAAAAGGAAACACGGCCCCUUCUUAAUGAGUAGCCCCGUGGUCCUGUGCUGGGAUCACUGGUGUCUCCCAUACGGUCCAAGCCCAGGGCCUUUAAACCCUCCACAUGAGAGCAACCCUUUUAUGACUCUCCAUAAAGUCGAGCUCUUUUCCAAAACAGUGUGAGUGGAGGAGCUUUGGGUUGAUAGCCCGACGGCUUUUCCAUGUCCACAUGCAUAUGACUAUUCCUGUGGAGAAAAGCGCAAGAACCCUUGCUUGGUGUACACUGCCAACUAAAACUGCAAAAGAUGUGUUUUUUUUAAGACUGUCAAAAGCAGUCAGGCAAAAGUGGCCGAGACGUGGAUUUGUGUGCAACGUGGUGAACAUGUCCGUGCAGCCCUGACAGUUUGAUUAUUGACACAAAAACAAGUAGAAAAUACAAAUAACAGUUUGCAAAUUCUUCCAUAAUCACUUGCUUCACUGGACUUGACUAAUAGCUUUCGCCAGACUCUCUUCAUGCUUUAUUUGAAAUGAAGUAAAGCAACAUUGUGCUGUUGUCGAGAUAGGUUACCAAGGUGUGCUGUUCCAUUUUCUUUUGAUUUAUGAGUUGAGAUGAACAAUGUAGCUCAUAUAGGUACCAGAUUCACCCUGCAGUGGUUGACAGAGCUCAAAUUGAGGGAGAAAGGACAAGUGGGCUUUCUUCCACUGUGACCUGGUUUUGCUCUGAUCUUAUCGCGACGCUCCUUAGGACACGAUGAGAAACUCGAAAUCACACAGUUAUCAUAGCUGUCUGUAAUUUCUGUAACUACUGUUGUUUUGAUUACAUUUGAAAUAAUAAAGAAUGUUGUUUAAACAAAG